GAGGCAGCAGCGUUAGCGCCUUUUGCAAAAUAAUACUACUUUGCAUUGUUCCUCUUAGUAUUUUGCAAUUAACGCGAUGCUGUUUGCAAGAAGAGAAGUUUAUCCGGUACUGGCGACGGGGCUUGGGCAGAGCAUUCGCUGCUGAAGGAGGGAGAUUGAAACACGAGCAGCAACUCACCUGAGCGCAGGUCUCUCAUCCCCCGGACUGCAAUGGGCCGAAAAAAGAUACAGAUUAGCCGAAUCUUGGACCAACGGAACCGGCAGGUCACAUUCACCAAGAGAAAGUUUGGGCUGAUGAAAAAAGCCUACGAGCUCAGCGUCCUUUGCGACUGCGAGAUCGCCCUGAUCAUUUUCAACAGCACCAACCGCCUCUUCCAGUAUGCCAGCACAGACAUGGACAAGGUUCUCUUGAAGUAUACCGAGUACAGCGAGCCCCACGAGAGCCGAACCAACUCAGAUAUUCUGGAGACCCUGAAACGAAAGGGGUUGGGCUUUGAAGGUGCAGAACUGGAUCUUGUAGAAGCUUUGGACCCAGCUGAGAAACUGAGGCAGCUUGGCGAAGGAGUGGACCUUAGAUUAGCACGUCCAAAACUUAGC